UGGAAGGUCACAGAGAUUGUGGGAAUCCUUCCCCUCAUCCUGCAUACAUCAUUGGCUCUAUUCCUCAUAGGAUUGUCAUUAUACAUCUCAGAGCUCCACAGCUCACUAUCCUGGAUUGUGGUCACUGUAACAAGCCUGGCAUUUGCAUUCUAUUUGGGAAGUCUCCUCAUACCCCAAGUAUGGCUUGAAUGUCCUUACAGGAUACCA